AUGUCCAGCCUAUUUAAGAAAAUCACAAAAAUGGUGGUCCAACAGCUGGAUGCUGGAGGGGAUAUGAUUCCUGUUAGGAGUGCCAUUGAUGCUGACAGAUUGCACUGCUUCCAUCUGGUGUGGGAAAAGAAAACGUUAUGUACAGUCCGGUACAUCAGAACAGGUCUCACCCUGAAGGACAUCCUGGAGACAGAGGAGGAUUACAUGUCAACUGAUGAGCUUUAUUCUGGGUCCUCAGGUGCUUUGUUCAGAAUUGCUGACCCUGUGGACUCAGAGAUGAAGUUUACAGUGAAAUUUCCCCAAACAAUAAAAAUCAAAGGGAUGGUUCAUAAAUCCCAGGAGCAGGAGGAAAUCAAGUUAUUGAGUAAUCGGAUAUCCCAGCAACAUUUGGAAUCCCUUGUAAACAGGAAGCUGAAGAAGAUACUACCUUUUCGCAUCAGAGAAAUUCGUGAAAGGGGAGAAAAAGUGUACUUGGUAACAGAAACUCUAAUGAAUGAGGAAACCAUAACAAGGAAGGAGAAGAGUGAAUUUGAAUUUUCAGGCGACAUACCAUGGGUCAACCUCAAUUUUCAGCACAAGGUUAGAAUUCCUGGAGGCCCGGAUGGAGGGAGAGCCAGACCUGGCCCACUUGCUGCAGAUCUGAGGAAGUCCUUGGAUUUGGAGGAUUUCAGAAACCUAAAGAAGAGGGUGCUGGACCUGAGGCGUGACCUCCAGGAUCUGACUGAGCAGGAGCGAAGAAACAUACGGAGCUGCCUCACAGUGUUCCUGAGAGACGGUUAUAUACAGGAUCUAGAGGAAAGAGUGUCUAGUGUUCUGGCAUCCGGUGAACUGAAGAUGAAGAAACCAGAAGGUCGUCCUCUCAUAUCCAACCUGUUAUACGAUACUGGGAUCUUGAUAGAGAAAAGUGCAAAAGCCAUUCAGGACCUCCUGGAUGCCUUGAUAGGUGAGGAGGGGUCUGGCUAUAUGCUUGGGUGGAGGAAAUACUGA